GGAACGUUUAGAGAACUGUCAGUUUGACCUCGCGUCAAGAAUAGAAAAGUCAAAAGUCAAUUUCUUAAAAAGUUCUAAAGGUCGUUUGACCAAGGAGUAUUUAGAGGGAAAGUUGGAACUACUUGAAGGUUUGUGGAAUGAGUUUCUGUUGGGUCAUAAGGAAUUGUUGCGCACUACGGAACCUAAAGUAUUGUCCAAGUCGACCUAUAUGCGAAGCGAUACUUAUGACAAAGCAGAAGAUUGUUAUAUUGAUUAUAAAUGUAAAUUAAAAACGGGUUUAUCUGAAUACGUUAUAAUCACAAGUACUUCCAACACUGAUUCUGACCAGCCCUCUUUACAGGCGCCUAAUGUAAAACUACCAAAAGUAAAUAUUCCGAUCUUCUCAGGAAAGUACUCGGAAUGGAACACCUUUCGAGACUUAUUCCAGUCUUUGAUACACUCGAACAAGACUUUAGGAAAUGCUCAAAAAUUGCUGUAUUUAAAGGGGUACUUACAAGGUGAAGCCGAGCAACUUUUAUGUAACAUUCCGAUUACAGGCAGUAAUUACGAUUAUUGCUGGGGUUUAUUAGACGAGAGGUAUAACAACAAGCGAUACCUUUGUCAUCAUAUUUUGAAGAGACUACUAAGCCAGAAAAAUGUAACUUGUGAGUCGGCUAGUGGUUUGAAAGGUCUGAUGGACAUCACAAAUGAUUGUUUGUACGCUCUGUCUAAUAUUGGCAUAGAUACGAGUACCUGGGACGUGCUGGUAAUUCAUAUAAUAACUUUGAGGUUGGACCCUGAAUCAAAAAGGCAAUGGGAGCUUAGCAUCGCGGAUAAUAACUCUACCGAGCUACCAACUUACGAUCAGUUCGAACAGUUUCUUAAAAACCGUUACCGAGCCCUUGAGUUUUUGAGUUCAGAGUCCAAACCAAUGCCUAAUAAAACCUUGCCUGUUAGUCAAAUUAAAGCAAUGCACGUUACCACGUUAGUCUGUCCCUUUUGUAAGAAGGAGCACAAAUUGAGCACGUGUAAGGGUUUUAGGGAUACGUCUGUGGAUUUACGUCGCGAAUUCGUUGCUUCUCACAAUGUUUGCUUUUGUUGUCUCGGAAACAAUCACUCUGCCAAAUUCUGCCACAGCAAAUACAAGUGUCGCAUAUGCAAGAGGAAGCACCACACUCUGCUGCAUCCUACGAACAAGAUUGCUGCUCAGGAACCCCACAACGGGGAGGUUACUACGGCUGAUACCAAGAAAGUUGGUGCUGUUAUUUCCUGCACGUCUACAAGAAGCACUGUGGAUUGUAGCCAGGUAUUGCUAGCGACGGCACUUGUAGAUACUGUUUCUAAAUACGGCCAAACUUAUACUAUUCGUUCUCUGCUGGAUCAAGGGUCCCAAUACUCUUUUAUUACAGAGGCCAUGGUUGAAUUAUUGGGUUUGAAGAAGAUACCAGCUAGAGGGCAAAUAGUAGGAGUAGGUGGCACGAACGGGCUCACGACAAAGUCGAUGGUAGAAAUAAAAAUAGCAUCACGGGUCGAUCCGAACUUUAUUGUAACAGUAAAAGCUUACGUACUAGGAUCCAUCACUUCGCUUUUGUCUAACCAAAAGAUAACAGCGGAGAAGUGGAAGGAGCUUGAGGACAUUGUCCUUGCGGAUCCGAGUUAUUAUACUUCUAACAGGGUGGAUUUGUUGUUAGGGUCAGAAGUAUAUAGCCGGGUACUUCAAAACGGAGUCAUCAAGGGACCGCUUGGUUCACCACUUGCUCAGUGUUCGUCAUUGGGGUGGAUUCUGUCUGGUGUCGUUAACACGCCGACGAAGCCCUCUGAAACAAUAAAUGUGAUGCAUUGUAGCGUGGAGGAUAAUCAGCUUCUAAAAAGAUUUAGGGAGCUAGAAGAUGACAUUCCGUUGCCAAAGAAAGGAACGUGUUCAGAAAAUAAAAAGACACGUUCGACGAAGUUCCCGAUGUGAAGAAUCCCUGGCAAACAUCUAAAAAAAGAACGUAUUCAUUAGAACGAAGACUGAAGAACGGCGAUCUGAAACAGAAAUACACAGCGGUUACUAGUGAAUAUGUUGACAUGAAUUUGGAUCACGGUGAGGAUUCUCCAACGGCGGCUGAGAAGGUACUGUCAGACUUUCAUGUGGACGAUCUCAUGAUGGGUUGCGGAACUAUCGAUCAAGGGAGUCAACUUUACAGAGAAAUGAAUAUGAUGUUAGGUAAAGAAGAAUGUGUGUUGCAAAAUUUGACUACUAACAAUGAAGAUUUGGUAAAGACAAUGAAAGAAGAUGGUAAAGUAAGUCAACGGAAAGGAAACGAAGAAGGGCUGAAAAGGAAAACUAAUAAAAUAAUAAAAAGUGGUGGUAUUACCUGGAACCGAAGUGAAAAUGUAUACCGCAACAAGGUCGACGUGCAGACCUA